CCUAACCGCUGUGCCACCGACGCACUAGGUGCAUGUUUAUAGGCUCUCCUUUUAAAAAUUGGAACCUGUUGUCGCUACAAACUAGAGGAAUGUACACAGCAUAAUUCAUGUAUCCUUUGAAAAACUUUUUUAUACUAAGCCGCCACAUUCCACCUUGGAGAAUAAUACUGACUUUUUCAAGGCCGUUCCGCCGUGGUUUUUGUCCUCUACCAUCAACAGCCAAUAUCGACUGAAAGCUGUCUGUAGUCAUUUUCCUGCAUUCGGUAGCAGAUAUGCUAACCCCAAAGAUAACGUUUAACAAUAGUGCGUUUGCUUUCCAUACAAUCCAAGAGAGGUGGCCGAAAAUCUUAACCCAGUUGAUUGACUCUAUUUACAGAAACCGUGAGAAAUACUGCAAAAAUGCUGAUGAUGACACAUCAAAUAAGUUAAAGGAACUGACACGACAUGUUAGCCAGUUAAGAUAUGAAAUAAUGACAAAUAAACCUUUAACUCUUCUGCUAUCAGCUCUGUUUAGUCCUUCAGAACUGCAAGUGUGGAACCAAUUGCUAUCGAGUUAUGGGAUGAAGACUGAGUCGUCUGAAAACACACAGUGUCAGACGUUGGCUGUGUGCUGGUACGAUCUUUCAUUCCUUUUCGCUGAAUGCUACUUAUACCGACGUAUCAUGGAUGCUGUAUUUCAAAGUGGUCUCAAUGAUUUUGACCCAUUUUUCUUGAAAAAGCAGUGCGGUCUCAAGAACUCUGGACCUUUCAUAAGCUCUCUUCUUUUGAGUUUAUCAAGACUUCAUGAUUUACCUUCCAGACAGGCGUUCGAUUUCUUUUUGCACUCAUCUUUAUGGGCGAACGAAUAUGAUUUAUCUCUCCGUCCUGAUGGCGAAUUUCAGCAAACUGGAUUCGAUCAAAUUUCAGAUUACAUCAAGCAUACCGAAGAGCGGACAGUCGUAAAUGAUAAAGAUGCAAUUCAUGAAUUCUGUAUGAAGUUAAAGAAUCAUAGCCGUAAACUUCGUGUUGCUAUCAUACUUGAUAAUGCAGGCCCCGAAUUGCUGGCGGAUUUGUGUCUGGCUGAGUAUUUUGUAGCAAACAAAAACUGCGCUGACAGUGUUUCAUUUUAUGGAAAAUGUAUGCCAUGGUUUGUUUCAGACGUUACUCGUAAAGAUUUUGAUUGGUUAUUGAAUGUUAACCCUUUGGAAUUAAAAGAAGCUUGUAAUGAUCAACAAAUUCAUUCGAUUAUAAAAUGGUCUGAAGUUUGGAGAAAGCGGGUUGAGGAGAGAACUUUCCAGUUUAAAACUUCUUCCUUCUGGACUAUGCCUUAUGCAUAUGAUCAGAUGCAAACAGCUGAUGCUACACUAUAUGAAGACUUAUCAAAAAAUUAUGAUUUAAUUAUAUUCAAGGGUGACCUAAAUUACCGUAAAAUGGUGGGUGAUCGUCAAUGGAAACCUGAUAGCCCAGAGGAUAAAGUGAAUGCUUUCGGUCGAGUACAAAUCGGUAGGCCAUCAAGUUGUAAAUGUUCAGAAAGGUUGGCAAAUUUGGAACCUGGGAGUCCUAUUGUUGAUUGUUCAUGUGGUCCAAUGGUAGUAUCUCUUCGAAUAGCCAAAUCAGAUGUGGCUGUCGGUGUUAAUCAUGAUUGUUUGGCUGAGUUACAAAAUAAAAACAAAGACUGGUGGACUGUUGGACAAUAUGGUCUUAUUCAAGUUGUUUCUCCGAUUGUACACUGCACAUUAUAA